ACAAAAGUUCAUUGUCCACAUGAUUAUAAAUGUGCAUCAAGCAAAAUAUGUAUAUCAAUUGAGCAAGUUUGUGAUGGCUUUAUCCAAUGCCCCCGUGGAGAUGACGAAGCUUUGUGUGAUUUCAAAUGUCCAGAUCAAUGCCGAUGUUCAGGAUUAAUUGCAAAUUGCAGCUUCACUAGUUCCAACCUAACAAUGAUUUCAACAAUAUCAAAGAAUACGCGUUACCUAGAUUUCAGUUUCAAUGUAAAUCUAAGUUCUAUCCUGGAGGACUCAGUUCUUAUUCUUCCGACUUUGUCCAUUUUGAAUCUAUCGGGUUGUGACAUUGAAGUCAUAUCUCGGCAUGGUUUUGACAGAGUUGUGAAUCUUAUGCAUUUAGACUUAAGUUUCAAUAAUAUAAACACUUUGUCUAAUUAUGUCUUCAGUAGUCUUAAAUAUCUGGCAAAACUUGAACUUCAUGGCAAUUUUAAACUUGCUUACAUUGCGAAACAUGCAUUAAGUGGGUUAGCUAAUAUACAAAACUUAAAUUUCGCAAACGCCAAGCUUGUAAAGAUUUUAGCAGACUCUUUUUCAGGAUUAACUCUGAAAAAGCUAGACCUUUCUAAUAAUAGAAUACAGGAAAUAGAAGACUUUGCCUUCAGAGAUGCGGUUAUUUCAGAAAUCAGUUUCCGAGGAAAUAGUAUCAGAACGUUCAAUAAAGAAAUAUUUACUGGACUAAUAGGUUUAAACACAUUGAUCACACCUGCAUUCAAGUUCUGUUGUAUAAGACCUAACUAUGUCGGUGAGAAAAAUUGCUACCCAAAACAAGAUGAGUUUUCGUCGUGUGAUGAUUUAAUGCGUAAUUCUGUAUUGCAAUUCUUGAUAUGGCUGAUCGGGAUAACAGCGCUUUUAGGAAAUUUACUCACCAUUGUCUACAGAUUACAUUAUGACAGGCAACGGCUUAAGUUGGGCUUUGGAAUAUUUGUAACAAAUUUGGCCGUUGCAGAUUUCAUGAUGGGACUUUAUCUUCUAAUUAUUGCAAUCGCUGAUUCUGCUUUCAGAAAAAGAUAUAUUUUUGUAGACGACUACUGGAGACAUAGUAUAUGGUGCAACCUUGCUGGCAUUUUGUCGACUAUUUCUUCGGAAUCUAGUGUUCUAUUUCUCUGUCUUAUUACAUUAGAUAGGAUACUUGUUAUCAAAUUUCCAUUUGGCGGUGUAAGGAUAUCCACAAAGAAAGCUGUUGUAUGUGUUUUAUUCACAUGGAUUUUUUCCUCAAUGGUCGCAAUUAUACCGGUUGUAUACGUAGGGUAUUUCAAAAACGAGUUUUACUCAAAGUCCGGGGUCUGUAUUGCUUUGCCACUAACUAGAGACCGUCCCGCUGGCUGGGCUUAUUCGCUUUCUGUCUUUGUAUGUUUAAAUUUCAUUACGUUUAUAUUGGUUGCAGUAGGUCAGUUGUCUAUUUUCGUUGAGAUAAGAAAAUCUGCCGGCAUUGCCACAUCGACUGAAACUGCAAGAAAACGGGACUUAAAGGUUGCAAGAAAUCUUCUACUGGUUGUAGGAACUGACUUUUUGUGUUGGUUUCCUAUCGGAGUACUGGGAAUGUUGGCACUGACUGGACAUGUAAUAUCUGGAGAUGUUUACGCUUGGGCAGCCGUCUUUAUUCUACCGGUCAACUCUGCUCUCAAUCCAAUUUUAUACACAUUGACUGCAAUUAUUGGAGGCAAACAAUUUAAUCCAAGUACGGACGAGCAGUCACUGACGAAAUUGACAAAGGAAAGUGGAGAGGCGGCUUUUAAAUGCAUGGCCAUAGGUCGACGACUGACUUCCCGUGCCAGGUUGGCGGGAUAUGUGUAUAUGUACGAGUUACCUGAUGCGGAUGUGCGCGCCUCGAGAAAAGAUUGGCUAACGAUUGUCUGGAAAUUGGCGCAAACACUUGAUACAUUGCAGUCAUUCUCGUUAGGUUUAAAAUCACUAGAUAUCAAUUCAGUCAUGCUUGGUUGUCGCGGUGGAAAGCUUACUGGAGCGGUUAAGGUCAAAGGCGAUCCUUUCGUAUCAUAUAAAACAGACGAUGGAAUCAAAAGCAUCAAUGACCUGGGGCUUUUAUUGAAAUUUCUCAUUUCUGUUGGAGAGAAGAAAAUGAAAUAAGUCACAUUUUAACCAUAUCCUGGCAGUCAAUCCACCUCAAUGAAUCUCCUGGAUAACUAACCAGAAAAUACCAAUUUCAACGCAGUUGAACGACUACUUAUACCACAUGAUUUCUGAGUCAGCUUUGAGGUACAAAUAAUCAUUAGACAGUGAGACAAAGGAACAUUAGACACAAUGUACGCAAUCAUUUGUAAAGCAGAAUUUUGACACCUCCAGCGACUACUGGAUCUCUACCUCUUAAAGAGGUGGUUCGGGCGUGCUUAUUAUUUUAAAAACAUUUGUUAACUUUUGAUUAGUUGUAGUGAAUAUAUUAUUGUUGUUUAGUCUUUUUUAUACAUUUUUACAGAUAAAUAUACUUUCAUUCAGCAAAACAUACUUUACAUUUAGGUGAUUAUGUGAAACAAAAAGGUAACAAUAUAUCACAGAGACUCUGGUGCCUGACACUGACACCGCUUUGCUUAGCCCUUGUCAACUCCGGUAGCUUUUUUUACAACACGAGUUGGACAUCUAUAUCAACCAUAAAUAAAUAAAUAAAUUAGUUUGAAUCAAUAUCCACGUGAAUUAUUAAGAUCAAGUCUCAUUUAAGUACUUUAUUGAAAUGUGAUGGUAAAUGUGUUCUUGUGCAGUACCAUUUUUUUUAUCUGGAAAUUAAAUUCCGGCGAGUUUUGUGUUGCAGUACCAUUUUUGUGGAAUUAAUGUGCGGCGCUGUUAGUUUUGCAGUACCAUUUUGCACAAUAUUUAAAUAAGAGAACGUUUCUGACUAUUUGUUUUCUAUUUAUCAAUAGAAUAUCACUAUCGACAUAAUUUUCGUGUUUUCUUUUCUUUUUUUAUAGUAUUUAAGAUAAUCAGUCUUUGAUGUAAACGCUUGCCAUGUCACAGAUAAAGUUCAAAUAACAUUUACGCGUAAUUUUUAAUGUCUCUUGAUAUGGUGCAUCACUAUGUGGUUAGGUACGAGCAUGAUGAUGAAUUUUCUGAGUUUCUCUUUUGAAAUGAAUAU